GCAAUUCAUCAAGCCCACCACACAGGCAGCCGGUGACGUUUCCUGGUCCCUGAUGAAGCAUCCCGACGGCGUGGAAUGUGACCUUUUCAUCACACAUGGCUGGGCCGAGGGUGUCUUUGAGUUCAUCGACAAGGUCAUCAGUAGUUGGCCCACUGGCGCGCGAGGUGCCUACGUGUGCUUUCUGUCCAAUCCGCAGAACCUGGACAUCGGAUCUUUGAUUGCAAACCCACAGGAUUCGCCCUUUGCCAAGAGCUUGGGCCAGUCCAAGCAGAUGCUGGUGAUCCCAAAUUCCAAGGGUUCCAUCUACACGCGCAUUUGGUGUGUCUAUGAAGCCUUCUUGGCUUAUACAUGGAACAAGCCCAUCUACACUGCAAGGGCUCCAGUGCCGGCUUUUUGGUUGAAGCUCUCACGUAUGAUCUCGGCAUCUGCCAUCAGCAGCGGGCUCGCCGUGCUCAUCGUCAGUACCUAUCCUCCGUUCGCCAACGACGCAGUGCAACUGAUGGGACGAGUUGCGACGAUCCUGGGCUUGCUGGACUUAAUCGUCAUGACCAUCCUCUUUAAGACCCAUCGGUACACAAGCAAAUUGCUUCAAGCUUCAAUCUACCUCUUCAGUUUGGCGUUUGCGGUGUACCGGGCCAGUGAUGCAUACCGGAAGACCUACAAGAGGUCCAACAACGUCCUUUUGUUCGUUUUGGCCUCCUUCAUUUGCGCGGGGCUGGAAGCGGACCGGCUCUUGGCCGUGGAAGGCUUGCGCCAGUCCAAGCAGCUCAAGGAGGGCUUCCGUGGCAUCGAACAUGCGCAGAGCGCCAACCAAGCGGACCGAGAUCGCAUCCUUUCGGAGAUUGAAAGGGAGGGUCAGGAGACUGCUGUGAAUGAUGCAGUGGCCGUGCUGCUGGACAUGAAUCUCUCAGUACCGGAGCUUCGCAAGGUCAUGACGAAAGCAGGGUCUUUAGGGGAUAUUUCCACUUGGAGUCGGUCGAUGUUCGCGCUUAGCCUUUGCUGGUGGAUUAUCAAUCCAAAUCAGAUUUGGCUUGGCCGUGUCCUUGAGGUCUACAGCCAUCAGGCCUCCGUGGCUGCUGCACCUUUGAGAUACACCAUGUUUGUCCUCGCCGCGCUGGAGACCAUCACCUUCUUGGGGCUUUUCAUUUGGAUGCCCACGGAGCGGAAAGCCUUCGCGGAGAAGACGGAAGUUCUGAUUUUGCCCUUCGUCUUUUCUACAUUUAUCGGCCUAUGGGAAGGCUUCACGUAUGAACUCACAUACAUCUUUGUGGUGAACCCCAUCGUUCUGUUCUUAUCCAUCGCUGGGCCAGCGCGCGUGGCACGGGUGCCCGUGAUCGGGCCAUUGCUCCUGAGAGCCUUCUUUGGACGGAACCCUUUCAGGGCCAAGAAAGCAGCCUACGACGCGGACGCUUCUUCCGCUUCGACACGUGAACGUGUGCCCUCCAAGGAAGGUGUGCCAAGUGACGAGGAGAAGCCCGAGGAGAAGGGCCCGAAGGACGUCGGUGUGGUGCUGAACACCGAAGGGUUGGAUGAGGAGGUCCAACAACAGCUCGAAGAAGAGUACAAGUGGAUUCCACUCUGAGCUCAGCUGUAUGCACAGCGCCUUUGUGCCAUUGUUUCAUGCGACCUCUUCACCUGCCUAAGGCGGUGAUGUCGCAAUAGUUUAGUGCUGUCACUUGAUGAAACGACACCAACAGGGGGCGAAAGGAGGGGGGCCAAUCUCAGUGCGGAAGCCGGG